UUACUUGUUCAUUAUCUUCUUUACAUGUUCAUUAUCCUCUUUACAUAUUUAUUAUCUUCGUUCCAUGUUCAUUAUCUUCUUUACAUGUUCAUAUUUCUCUUUACAUGUUCAUUAUCUUCUUUACGUGUUCAUUAUCUUCUUUACAUGUUCAUUAUCUUCUUUACAUGUUCAUAUUUCUCUUUACUUGUUCAUUAUCUUCUUUACAUGUUCAUUAUCUUCUUUACUUGUUCAUUAUCUUCUUUACUUGUUCAUUAUCUUCUUUACUUGUUCAUUAUCUUCUUUACAUGUUCAUUAUCUUCUUUACUUGUUCAUUAUCUACUUUACUUGUUCAUUAUCAUCUUUACAGGUUCAAUAUCCUCUUUACAUGUUCAUUAUCUUCUUUACAUGUUCAUUAUCUUCUUUACAUGUUCAUUAUCUUCUUUACAUGUUCAUUAUCUUCUUUACUUGUUCAUUAUCUACUUUACAUGUUCAUUAUCUACUUUACAUGUUCAUUAUCUUCUUUACAUGUUCAUUAUCUUCUUUACAUGUUCAUUAUCUACUUUACAUGUUCAUUAUCUUCUUUACUUGUUCAUUAUCUACUUGACAUGUUCAUUAUCUUCUUUACAUGUUCAUUAUCUACUUGACAUGUUCAUUAUCUUCUUUACUUGUUCUUUAUCUUUUUUACAUGUUCAUUAUCUUCUUUACAUGUUCAUUAUCUUCUUUACUUGUUCAUUAUCUUCUUUACAUGUUCAUUAUCUUCUUUACAUGUUCAUUAUCUUCUUUACUUGUUCAUUAUCUACUUUACAUGUUCAUUAUCUUCUUUACAUGUUCAUUAUCUUCUUUACAUGUUCAUUAUCUUCUUUACAUGUUCAUUAUCUACUUUACUUGUUCAUUAUCAUCUUUACUUGUUCAUUAUCAUCUUUACAUGUUCAUUAUCCUCUUUACAUGUUCACUGUCCUCUUUACAUAUUUAUUAUCUUCGUUCCAUGUUCAUUAUCUUCUUUACAUGUUCACUAUCUUCUUAGCGUGUUCAUUAUCUUCCUAA